AAGAAAAAGAUUUAUUUGAAAUUUUCUGGUUACUUAUUUUUCCGGUUUGCUAAUUUAAGAAAAGACAGAGACGAAAGAUGGGAGCUAAUCAGUCUGCAGUGUAUGCAAGGAAUGAAGCUAAUGAAUUGUUCACGCCUCAGAAGUCCGGGCAGGUCUUGACAUUCCAUUCCUCUUCUAAAUGGAGAAGCCAUUUUCAGUCCUCCAGACAAACAAAUAAGCUGAUGGUCAUUCAUUUUACGGCGGCAUGGUGUGGACCUUGUCGUACCAUGGAACCAGUCAUUCGUGACUUUGCUGCUAAGUAUGUUGGUGUGGAAUUUAUCCAGAUUGAUGUAGAUGAGCUGGAAGCAGUGGCUCGGGAGUAUGCUGUGCAGGCAUUGCCAGCAUUCAUACUGAUAAAGAAGGGAAAAACAGUUGAUAAGGUUGCUGGAGCGGAAAAGGCAGCACUCCAGAACAAGAUUGAGAAGUGCAUGUUCUACUUCUAGUUUAUAGAACUACAAGUAAACACAAAAUAAGCAGAGGAGUGAAAUUCGUGCUGUUUGAAAUAAAGAUCUCUUCCGACCAAGCCAAUAUUCGAUGAUUUGUAAUAAGAUUCUCAUGUACCAAGUUCAACUUUUGAUAACCUUUUGUAAAUUUUUGCAUUUCU